CCCGGUCUGGAGACGAACCAAACAUCAUGACGGUGGUGAAGCGACUGGACCGAGCUCAGAUCACGAUCACGGAACUGGGGGAGUUCUUAAGAAGCCCACCAGCUGGCUUCUCCGUGGACUCGGAUUUCGGGGUUCACUUCGACCCGGAAAGAGACUUGGUGCUGAUUAACGACUUGGACUUGGUCCAUCGCGGCCAGAGAGUCGUCUUCCACAAGUCUCUGGGAAGGAAGGUUAAAGUGCAUAAUCUGCUGGACUACACUCAGUUUCGGAGGAGUCUUCUCUCCAAGAGGAUCUAUCUGCGUGUCUGCGAGAGAAAGGUCAAAGGAGACAACAGAGAGCUGAAGCAGUAUGUGGUGUGUUUGAACGGCGGCGACCCUUUUAUCAGGUGGCAGCUGGAGAGAGCUUUGGACUGGACCAUCUCGUCUGUGGCGGGGGAGAGCUACCGGCUGGAAGUUGACGUGAGGGAGCUGCUCGACAGGCACCGAGUCGAACCCGGAGCUCUGUGGUCGGACGCCUCCUUCACGCUGAAGUACUACUCCGACGCGCUGUUUGACUUCCCGCACUGGUUCGGCUUCAGCAAGAGGAGGGUUCAGCUGAGGCAGACAUGAAGACAUGCGUCCGGCUGCUCCUGAGGCUGCUGAGAAGGUAUUUGGCGACGAUCAGUCGAGGAGAGGUCACGUGUUUGGGUGAAGAUCUGCUUUGUUCUGGAGGAGAGAGGACCUGCUCUGUCGUCCUCAGACAUCCCGAAGAUCAACUUCAUUAAGUGGUCCCAAGUCAAACUGUGCAACUCUUCAGUGAUUCCCGAAUUAUAGUGUAAAUACACUGCAGAAAUCACUGCAUUUCCACAUUCACGAAAGGUCGUAGAUGGAGUUUCAGUUUUGAGCGACUUGUUGCUCAACAGUCAACCGUCCUGCCAGAGUUGUAUAUCUUGGAAUAGAAUUUAUUUUAUUUUAUUACUUCUGAAAAGGGAUCAAUUUCAUGUGAAGUGUGGUGAAGUAUGUGUAUGGUGAAGUAAAAAAAAACUAUUUAAGGUGUCACACUCUUAAAAUCAUUCAUCUUUUAAGAAGGAAAUCUGCAGUCUUGUUGGUGAAGAAAUAUGCUUUCAAAUAUAUAUAUAUAUAUAUAUAUAUAUAUAUAUAUAUAUACAAAAUAUGCUUUCAUAUUAUAUAUAUUUUGUUAUAUAUCUAUAUAUAACAAAAUGAGUUCAUCAAUUUUAAUAAGUAUUAGACCAAAAAAAUAUUUUUAAAAAAAAUAUAAAUUAAAAUGUAUUAAAUGGUUAACAUAAUUAUUUUUGUCAAAUAUUUUGAUUAAAUUUUGGAAAUUUGAAAAAAAAAAUCUGAUCUCACAAUGUUGUUUUCAAUUUUAUUUUAUGAUGUAUAUUUUAUUCACUUGCACAAAAAUGUAAAACAUGUCCAAAGUGAUUCAAAUGUGGAAUCUGUGCAGCUGCUAAUAAAAUGAUGCUGAAAUGCCG